AUGAUGGUGAAGAAGUCAAAAGAUUCAGUCGAUUCAGAAGAUGAAAAUUCUAUUCCCAUUCCUAUCCAAACUUUUCUGUGGAGACAGACCAGUCCUUUUAUUAGACAAAAACUAGCUAAACUCUGUGAAUCUUCAGCGUUGUCUUUUGAAAGAGUUAUUGUUCAAAAUAUUCUUCAUGGACUCUCACCUAGCUUAUGUGAAGCAAUUCAAAGCAUUUCUAGAUGGAAAUUUGUGUGUGCAUCAUUCCCUCAUGUCAUUCAUUGUUGUGCUUCCAUAUUACUCAAAAGAUUGGAAACUAAUCCAGAGGCAAAAUUUUCAACCAGUGAUAUAAAACUUCUGUAUACCCUGCAUUGGAUAAUAUUAGAUGCUGCUGGUGAAUGUGAAGAUAAUGAACCUAAAAAGUCAUUUAAAACAGUAAAAUGUUCAUAUUUACAUUCACUUGAUACAAUUCAACUAUUUGUGUUUUUGCUUAUUCCUUUGGUCAGUUCUCUUACAAGGUCUGAUUUUGACAAUUUGAAAUUGGAAAAUGGUUUGAGAUUAUGGGAACCAUUGUGGCAUUAUCAGCAACCCAAUGUUUAUUGUUUUUCCACACCAGUCAAA